UGCUGGGUCUCUCUGGGACUUGGACCACCCCUACAAGAUGUGGGCAAAGACAAUUACGGGAAAUUUUGCCAGUGUGAUUCAUGGUUUGAAUGCAAAUCAUUUGACAGACCAAGUAAUUGAGAGAAGCAAACGAAUGAUUCUGGAUACUCUUGGAGUGGGGCUUCUGGGUACCAGCACUGAGGUCUGCCACAAAGUGACACAGUACAGUAAGAUCUACAGCUCAGAUUUAUCCAGUACCAUCUGGGGCCACUUGGAUUUCCGACUGCCUCCUCUGUAUGCAGCUUUUGUGAAUGGAGUGGCUGUGCACUCUAUGGAUUUUGACGACACCUGGCAUCCAGCCACACACCCGUCCGGGGCUGUGCUCCCUGCCAUCAUUGCGCUCUCAGAGGCCUUUCCUCAGAAGAAAAAAAUCUCAGGUCUUGACCUGCUCUUAGCUUUCAAUGUGGGAAUCGAAGUGCAAGGUCGGCUGCUGCGUUUCUCCAGUGAAGCCAGGAAUAUUCCAAAAAGGUUUCACCCACCGACUGUGGUUGGUACAAUGGGGAGUGCAGCAGCUUGUGCUAAACUGCUAGCUCUUGACCAGCUGGGAUGUAAAAAUACCUUGGCCAUUGCUGCCUCCUAUGCAGGUGCCCCGCUGGCUAAUGCAGCAACCCAAACAAAGCCCCUCCACGUUGGCAAUGCUGCCAAGCACGGACUGGAAGCAGCUUGCUUGGCUUCACAGGGCCUUCAAGGAAACAAACAGAUCUUGGACAUGGAGUCGGGGAUAGGUGCCUUUUACACAGAUUAUAACCCACAGACUCUGCCAACCUUGCAGUCCUACCCCUGGCUGUUGGACCAGCAAGAUGUGGCCAUCAAACGCUUUCCUGCUCAUCUUGGAACGCACUGGGUGGCUGACGCAGCAUCUUCUGUUAGGAGGAAGCUUGUGGAAAGCACUGGCAACUUGCUCCCUCUUGAUAAAAUUCAGAAAGUAAUUCUCAAAGUCCCUGAGGUCAAAUAUGUGAACAGACCCAGCCCAGCCUCAGAACAUGAAGCACGACAUUCCUUCCAGUUUGUUGCAUGCUCUGCUUUGCUGGAUGGCAGCAUGUCACGUGUGUAUAAGUGUGUGCACCUCAUCAAGAUAAUUUCUAAGUAA